AACACCCAUAAUUCAACGAGAGGAGUGGUCAUUAAUUGUUAUUGCGGAGACCAUAGUAGGAAACCAUACAUGUUGUUUUGGGGCAAUUAGAUGAAAGAAAUCCAUAUUUAUGAUAUGAUGAAGUUUGAAAACGGUUCAAAUUUGAACAUUAAAAUUGUUGAUUGUGAAGACUUCGUCUAGCGCGCUGAAGGAAUGCUCAGUAAUGCUCUGAUUUUCAGUAACACACUCCAAGCAAAGCCAUUUUCACUGCAAAUGUCCCUGUCUAUUACAGCAAGUAAGCUUGUUUGUUAGUAAGGAAAAACUUGGUUCCAGAUUCUGAGUAAGGGAUCUACAUGUCCCCUGUCUUGUGGGUCUUUUUCCUCGUUCUCAGUGUGAUCUAAACUUUUGAAUGUUUAGUUAUAGGUGUUAGACAAACUGUCCUGUGCAUUGUGAACUGGCAAAAUCAACAUUUGGUGACAGAUAAAGCUUGAGGUCACAGAGACCAUUGAAAAGGUUUCUGUGACCUACACUGUCAAUAAAUACUUUAAUGUCAAACUGUCACACAACCUCAGUGUCCUGAUCUGACAGGACACACAUAUUGAAUCGCCUUGUCCCACAAAUACAACUCAUCUUGUGAAGUUGCCAAAAAGGUUUAUCAAAUCAUCAACCUGAGUAAAAUAAAAAAAAUAACAUAACACGCCCCUGAAGCUUUUAAGUGGCUGUUGAAAAGAUAGGAAGCUGUCAUUGGUGGUCAUCUGGCCUCAGAGGGGGAGUUUUUAAAACAUCAAGCCUAGUCGUAUAAAUGUGGCAGCACACAUAAGUUGUAGUCUUGGGGACGUCCAGGUCAAACUGCUGAAACCAUGGCAAAGCACCGGAGUGUCUCCGCUUUAGUGGCACUAGCACUGCUAUGGUGCUUAGUUGGGACAGAAGUAGAAGCUCAGGACUCAUGGCAGAAGCCUGCAGCACCAUCAAUGUCAAAGGGCGCUCCACCUCGUCAGGCACCACAGGUCCUUCCACGUCCUCAAGUGCCACAGGCUCUUCCAUAUCCUGAAGCGCCACAGGUCCUUCCACGUCCUCAAUGGCCACAGGCUCUUCCAUAUCCUGAAGCACCUCAGGUCCUUCCACGUCCUCAAGUGCCACAGGCUCUUCCAUAUCCUGAAGCACCACAGGUCCUUCCACGUCCUCAAGCGCCAAAGGUUCUUCCACGUCCUCAAGUGCCACAGGCUCUUCCACGUCCUCAAGUGCCACAGGCUCUUCCAUAUCCUGAAGCACCUCAGGUCCUUCCACGUCCUCAAUGGCCACAGGCUCUUCCAUAUCCUGAAGCACCUCAGGUCCUUCCACGUCCUCAAGCGCCACAGGUCCUUCCACGUCCUCAAGCGCCACAGGUCCUUCCACGUCCUCAAGUGCCACAGGCUCUUCCACGUCCUCAAGCGCCACAGGUCCUUCCACGUCCUCAAGUGCCACAGGCUCUUCCACAUCCUCAAGCGCCACAGGUCCUUCCACGUCCUCAAGUGCCACAGGCUCUUCCAUAUCCUCAAGCGCCACAGGUCCUUCCACGUCCUCAAGUGCCUCAGGUCCUUCCACAUCCUCAAGUGCCACAUGCUCUUCCAUAUCCUCAAUCACCACAGGUCCUUUCACGUCCUCAAGCGCCUCAGCAGUCUUCUUUCCGGAGUUGUGAGGUGAUAGAGAGGCAGAAGAUCCCAUGUGGAGGUUCUGAUAUCUCCGCUGCUGCAUGUGAAGCGAUCAGCUGCUGCUUCGAUGGCCAACGGUGCUACUUUGGAAAAGCAGUGACCGUCCAGUGCACCAAGGAUGGCCAGUUCAUCGUGGUCGUGGCCAGAGACGCCACUCUGCCCAACAUCGACCUGGAGUCCAUCGUCCUGAUGGGACAAGGUGACGGCUGCACACAUGUUGACUCUAACUCAGACUUUGCCAUCUACAACUUCCCUGUCACUGCCUGUGGCUCCGUUGUUAUGGAGGAGCCUGGUGUUAUAAUCUAUGAGAACAGGAUGACCUGCUCAUAUGAAGUGGGAGUUGGGCCUCUUGGAAUCAUCACCAGGGACAGCCAGUAUCAGUUACUCUUCCAGUGUCGGUACUUCGGCACUUCUGUUGAAACUGUGGUAGUAGAAGUAUUAUCGUUAUCAGAUUCUCCUCCGAUCGCUGCUCUGGGACCCAUCAGAGUUCACCUGAGGUUGGCUAACGGACAAUGCAACACAAAGGGUUGUAAUGAAGUGGAUGCGGCCUACAGCUCUUUCUAUACGGAGGCUGACUAUCCUGUGAGCAAAGUGCUGAGGGACCCCGUCUACGUGGAGGUUCAACUUUCUGGCAAGACGGAUCCCAACCUCGUCCUGACUCUCGGUCGCUGUUGGACAACCACGAGCCCCAACCCUCACAGUCUGCCCCAGUGGGACAUCCUGACCGACGGGUGUCCAUACAGGGACGACCGCUACCUGUCCUCACUGGUUACGAUCGGUUCCUCCUCUGGUCUGGACUUCCCGGGUCACUGCAGGCGUUUCCUCUUCAAAAUGUUUACCUUUGUGGACCCCAGUUCGAUGGGACACCAGAGUCAACAGGUGUACAUUCACUGCAGUACGGCCGUGUGCUCGGCUGCAGCGGGACAAUCCUGUGAACCGUCGUGUCUCAGAAGAAGAAAGAGAGACGCGAAGGCUGCAGACCAGAAGGCUGAGCCGAGGGUUGUGGCCUCCGUUGGACCGGUGAUCAUGAGCCCUGAGCAGUAAAACAGCGACAGUACCGAGCUCCAGAGAACAUAUUAGCUUUAAAGGUUUAUUAUGUACACCUUAAUAAUCUCGUACAAUACAAUAUACCCUUAAUAAAUCAUAUUUAAAGCUUAUUAAGUUUAGUCUUUCUUACACUGUCAGUGAGGUGAAGAUUUAACUGGUAUCGGUUGUAUUUAGUGGUGAAGUUGUAUUUUCAUACAUUUAAAUGUUUCUACUGUUACAUAAAGGAGGCGAGCAGAAUAAUAUUAGAAACAUUUCUCACUAUAAUUCAAUUCAGCACAAUAAUACAGCAUCAAAAUAACCAUGUAGUUAAAUCAACUACUGUCUGACACAAAAAAAAUUAAUUUGAAAUGCAUUUGAAGCUUCACAAAGACGGCAUGUAUCGUAUAAUACUGGACUGGAGGAUCUUAUUACUGGUAUAUUAUUUCUUAUCUGGAAUCAGUGACACUCUAAUAAACAUGGACUGUUGGUUUUAAUACUGAA